CGUAAUUUACUUACAAUUUGUCUACAUCAUUUCUAUUGGAAGUUAAAUCAUCAGCUGAAUGCUCAUUGGUCGGACUUAAGUAAACAUAACUAUAAGGAAUUUCUUGUGUGUAAUGAGAAUAUUUUAAAGAUAACGUAGUGAAUUUCCUUGUGUAUCGAAAGAUGAAUAUCCUUUCAAAUGAUCAGAAAAAUCUAUUAUCCAAGCAAAAAUCCCGCUAUUGAAAUCAGCUGAAAGCAAAUUUUGAGGAUGGUUAGAUCAAGUUCUCCAAAUGACUUUUUGAAAUGAUUCAUCAUAACAAACGAAGUCUUGAAGGCGACCAAAGCACUUGCCCUUGUCGUUUCUAGCAGGAAUUUCUGAGGCAGUCAUCAUACAGCAUUAAUUAAAGGUCGAAAAUCUUCAAAGCGAGUUGGUAUAUGUUAUAUAUAUUGACCAAUGAAAAUCCAGUAAAGUUUCUAAAUCCAGCUGAGGAAAGUAAGCGAUUUCUUAAUUGUUACUACUGAACAUGUAUUAUAAACAAAGUUUUUAGCCACGAUGGUGGAAGAACUGACUAAAGACGUUGUAUCGGGGACUUUCACCCUGCAAUUGAACAUCAGCAACGAGCAAAUUAAUCAACUUCUCGCUACUUUCUGUAAUGCUCCAAAGAUUUGUGCAGACCUUGUUACACCGAACGAAGUCCAAGAACGAUCAGUUUACAAACAAUUUUCGAACAGCCAAGAAAUGAACGACUUCAGACAAAAUCUACUUCGUGUUUUGAAAGAUUCUUGGGUGGAGGAAUAUAAUGAAAAAGAAGCGAAAAAAUUGAUCGAGUUAUUCACCAAUUUAUUGCAAGAACUUAAUAAAAAUGGUGCUGUAAUACUUGCAUCGAUUAUCAACGAGAAAAUCUUUCAAAAACUUAUAGAAAAUUAUAAUUGUAUUCUCGGAGAAUCGGGGAGCGAAAGUUGGAUUCAUAAUUACGUUAAUCUUAGAAAUCAUCCUGAUUUUCUGACGAACAAAGAAUUUAAUGGCGCAUUUCUUCACCCUUUGUUUCUUGCGCUUAUUUCAUAUAAUGUUGGUGGUCCUAUUAGCAUCGUGGAUGCGAGAGGAAAGAAUGCCGAGCCAAUAAGUGUCCUUGCACAAGAUAAUAUGCUUCAUAUUGACGACACACCAUUUCGUGAUGAAUAUAAAGUACUUUUGACGUGGGAAAAAAAUCAGCCUAGCGGUCCUAAAGGACAAAAUUUCGUUUUCCUUCCAGGUACACAAAAGGGCUGUCGCAAUUGCUUUUCGGACGAAAAAAGAGGAAUUUGGUCUUCCGAAAAUGCUAGUAUAUUUGUCACAAAGACGGCAAUUGCACGUCUUUUAUCAUUUCAGAGAAAAAUUAGGCUUUCUGAGAAAGCAUGCGUUGUCGAAGUGCGACAUGAUAAAAAACCUCUUACCACUGUCUUUUCCGCGGGAUCGCUUGUUCACCAGCGUUUACGUUCUACACAAGGACUUCCAAGAAGCUGUGUUGUUAUUGCAUUUCACAGAACCCAAGAUACGUCUGAUCAUGGACUUGCUUCAGAUCACCUUGACAACAUUGCAGGUUUUAGUUCGUUGGAAAGAUUUGUGUUUGGAUUACAAAAGGAACUGGGAGACAGUGAUUUUUUAUCAGCUAUAAAAAAAAGUUCGGAUGAGAUCAGAAAUCUCCUCUUUCGUUUAAAUGAUGAGAAAACUGAACAGGAAAUCAUCCCACUUACAUCAUGUAUGAUGUCAGAAGCGAAAAUAAACGAAUGGAUAAGAAGCUCAACGGAUGCUCCCACUGUAGAAAAUCUUAAAGACAAAAGUGGUUUUCAAUCACUUCAAAACACACUUUGCGAUCACGAAUUUUUGACGAUAGUAAAUAGAAUGAUGAGUCUGGACAAGCACGGUUCGCUGGACCUUAUUUUAUACAGUGACUGUCAUGAAGAGGUUCGAAAAUGGGCACGUAUAAGAAUUCGGGAGAUGAAAAUUGAUGAAAUUGGGAAAAGACUAGAAACGGUGUGGCGAUGUGAAUUCAAACAGCCGUCAGAAAAAAAUAUCCUUUCUAUAAAAGUACUGGAAAGUUUAGCCGAACAGCUCUCGAUAAUGGCUUCAACUAGAAAAAAUUGUAGUUCUCCCCUCAAUAUUCGACAAAAAGAAAAAAUUUCCCGUGAACAAGCCUAUAGUUCACUUGCCCAAUUUUUGCUUGAUUUGAAAGAAUCUGUGGGACGAUGUGAAACCCGUCAAACGUUUCUGUCGACGUCGUUGUUUCUUUUCUUGGCGUCAGAUACUUUUAUGCAAUUCGAAAAUAAUUGCGAUAGUGAAAUCCGAGAAAUUGGUAAACAGUUGCUGAACCACUACAUUUCCACAGCAUUUAUCAUUAUGAAUCAAAUUCAACAGAUGAACACGUGAUAAUGUAUUUAAUGAGCCCUAAGUUAAAUUCUACAUUGACUUUAAGUCGUUUGUAGCAAGUAUGUUAUUACUUUUCGUAUAAAAUUGAUUAAAUGAAUGAUUAUAGCAUUUUAAUUUUAAGAUGGAUGGUUUUCAUGCAAAUGAA